GGCAACACUGUUCAAGACUGUGACAUAACAUGAGGGGAUGACAUAAAUAUAACCCUAUUUUAAAAAUGUCUAAAAUCUUCCGAUAUGGAAUUAGAUACACUUUUCUGCCAAUUUCACAAUUAUUCGGUGAUGACAAACUAGAAAAUGCGACUCCAACCGAGCAAAGAGCUGAUAAGACUAUUAUUCAACAGGAAACAGGAUGGGAUCGCUUAAAACGAAUGUUUGAGAUAGAGUAUGGAGUUGGUAGCUAAUUCUUAAUUAUUCAGCUCUAUUCAGGGAAUAUUAACUAUUUUUAGUGAAUUUGGAAACAUAACUGCAGAGGCAAAUACGAUUUUACAAGUCGCAAGCAUGAGUAUAUUCGUAGGCUCAAUAUAUGGUGGUGUAGUGAACAGUAGAAAGGCUUAUGUAGAUUUUAUGAAAAAUAACCAAGCUACAAGUUUCCUGGAUCAUUUUGAAGCAAAGAAAAAAUUACAAGAUGCAGUUACAAUUAGUUUUGCCAAAGGAGCCUUCAAGUGGGGAUGGAGAAUAACAUUAUUUAGCUCAACGUUUGUAGCAGUUUCAACUAUGAUCCAAGUUUAUCGUGGUAAUUAUGGAAUAUCAGAGUAUGUAAUAGCAGGUAGUACAACAGGUGCUCUCUACAAGUUCAAUAUGGGGCCCAGAGGAUGGAUUGUAGGUGCAGGUGUUGGAUCAGUUUUGGGAUUAGCUUGUGGCUGUGCCACUGUAGGGCUACUCAAACUAGCUGGCAUGUCAAUAGAAGAUGCAAGGUAUUGGCAGUAUCAAUGGAAACGAGGAAGAAUGGAAUAUUUAAGGAAAGGAAUAGAAGAGCAUCUAGAUCAGGAUGAGUUUGCUGUUAUAAAACUACAUGAUGUUGAAGUAGGCGAGGCUGGAAAAGAUAUAGAAAACCUAGAUAGAGUUCCUAAAAAAGAAGAUGAUAAAUAGUAGGUCAUGUAGUUGUUGUAUAUAAUAUCGAAUAAAAGGUUUGUAAUGCAUUACCUUUCAAUUCAGUACUUCAGAUGGCUGCGACAUUUCCAUAUAUACGAUGACCGGAACAUAAAUGAUAAGGCUGUGGAAGAAUUUCGCUUGUUCCAUUGUUGUUCUUGGUUUUUCACUGAAUGAUAUAAAGCAUACAGGAUAGGGCUAUGUCUAGAUUAACACGUCAGGCAAAUGUCAUUUUCACCCUGUAGGCCUUACCCGCUCAUUUGUUAAAAAUUUUCAUGACCAUUUCUACAUAAAUUAAUAUUCUUAUCAUAUGAGACAAAAAUACCCCUGGUUUGCGAAAUAAUUGAAGCCUUUGGUGCAAAAAUGUAUUAACUCAGAUUUUAUAAUUUGGAGACAACUGGCUUGACAUUUUUUAUUGAAUAGUGUUAGGGCUGCUUUUAUUAUCGAAGGCUAUUUUAGACACAUAUAAAAGUCUCGGAA